AUGGCGGCCGGCGGCGGAGGCAGCGGCGGUGGGGGAGGGAAGGCCUCGUCCUCGUCGUCGUCUUCGUCGUCCUCCUCCUCGGCGGCGGCGGCGGUGGGGACGGCGCCGGCCCUGCUGGAGGCGACGCUGGAGAGGAAGCUGCAGGCCCUGACCAACACCAUGGAGUCCAUCCAGGGCCUCUCCUCCUGGUGCCUGGAGAACAAGCGGCACCACGGCGCCAUCGUCCACCUCUGGAUGAAGGCCAUGCGCAGAGCCGCCGUUCCUCAUCGCCUGAACCUUUUUUACCUGGCGAACGACGUCAUACAGAACUGUAAGCGGAAAAAUGCAAUUGUGUUUCGCGACACGUUUGCUGAAGUCCUCCCGGAAGCAGCCGCCUUGGUGAAAGAUCCAUCGGUUGCUAAAUCUAUAGAAAGGAUCUUUAAAAUCUGGGAGGACAGAAACGUGUAUCCCGGAGAAACCAUCGCGUUACUGAAAGAAGCUUUAAGUUCCACUUUCAAAACUCAGAAGCAGCAGAAAGAGACUCAGAGCAAACAGCCAGCUAAAUCAUGGAAGAAAUCUCAAACCUCCGCGAAUCCCAGAGCUGCUCUGAAGUCCAAGAUCGUUGCGGAAUUCCGGCCGCAGUCCCUGGUCGACGAGUUGCUCCUGUACAAGCAUUCCGAAGACCAGAUCGAGCUGAAGGAGAAGCAGCUGGCCACCAUGCGGGUGGACGUGUGCAGCACCGAGACGCUCAAGUGCUUGAAAGACAAAACGGGAGGCAAGAAGUUCUCCAAGGAAUUUGAGGAAGCGAGUGCGAAGCUGGAAGAAUUCGUGAACAGCUUAGACAAGCAAAUGAAAAACACCCCUCCCUUGACAGAAGUGCUAGAGAAUGCAGGGAUAUUUUACGAAGCGCAAUACAAGGAGGUCAAGGUGGUCGCCAACGCCUACAAAACCUUUGCCAAUAGAGUGAACAACCUGAAGAAGAAACUGGAUCAGUUGAAGGCCACCCUCCCCGACCCCGAGGAGUCUCCUGUCCCCUCGCCGAGCAUGGACGCCCCCUCCCCAACGGGCUCGGAGUCUCCCUUCCCAGGGAUGGGGGAAGAGGAGAACUCUCCGUCGCCGCAGGCAGAGAGGAAGAAGUCGCCUUCUCUGGAGCUUGCGACAGACAACCGGGACGUUGAGGACAUGGAGUUGUCGGAUGUGGAGGAGGAUGCCCCCAAGAUUAUCGUGGAAGAGAGAAAGGAGAAGCCGGACGCUUCCGUGCCACCUGCCGCCAAGGUGACUGACAGCGCCAUGAAAUCACCUCCAGCCGUUGCGACACCGGCGGCGGGAGGGGGGGUGACGGCGGCGGCGGUGGCCACUGCCGCAAGCGCAACAGCUCUUGCUCCGGCCCCCGUCACCCCUCCAACACCAAAGCCGGCCAACCCCGCACCACUCCCUCCAUCGCCAGCACUCGCGCUGCCCAACCUUGCCAACGUGGACCUGGCGAAGAUCAGCUCCAUCCUAAGCAGCUUGACCUCCGUGAUGAAGAACACAGGGGUCAGUCCUGCCUCAAGGCCUUCUCCAGGUACCCCGACGAGUCCAACAACGCUGACGGGAGGCCUGAAAGCGCCAAUUGCGGGCACCCCGUCGGCACCCCCAAACCCGCUGGCCAAUAUCCUCUCCAAGGUGGAAAUAACCCCUGAGAGCAUUCUCUCCGUGCUCUCCAAAACCCAGACUCAGGCGACACCAACCCUGCAAGGCUUGUCCUCCUUCCUCCAGAGCGUCGCCAGCAACACGGCCCAGCCGAGUGAGGUAGCCUCUCAGAGCACUGCCGCGUCUCCCGCCACCACGACGGCCCCUUGCGUGAAAGGGAGGAAUGUUUCUUCCAACGCUCAGCCUUUUGUGCCGCAGGGUUUUGCAUAUUCUCCCAACUCUUCCUCUUCCGAGGUCUCUUCCACAUCCGUCAACAAGGCUCCCCUCGGGCAUAGCCCGGGGCUUCCCAGUUCCAGUUUUAAACCCCCUGCCAACACCUUGGGUUUUGCCGGCGGCUCCCAGACAGGCAGUCCUUCCGUUCGGCCAGCAGAGAACCCGCUGAGCCAGUCUUCCGAAAUUUCGGAGACGAAAGUGGAGUCCGAACCCACUUCUCCUAGCCUGGAAAUGAAGAUUCACAAUUUCCUCAAGGGCAACCCCGGCUUCAGCGGCUUGAAUCUGAACAUCCCGAUUCUAAGUAGCUUGGGAUCCACCGCGCCACCCGAGAGCCAUUCCUCAUCCUCGGAUUUCAGCCGCGGGCCCACGAGCACUUCGAUGGACAGCAUAGACGGUACUCCAGUUCGCGACGAGCGGAGUGGAACGCCCACUCAAGACGAGAUGAUGGACAAGCCCUCGUCUAGCAAUGUCGACACCCUGUCCCUGCUCUCAAAGAUAAUCAGUCCAGGCUCUUCGACCCCUAGCAGCACAAGGUCACCUCUUCAGAGUCGAGAAGACAGCUAUCCCCAAGAGCUUUCUAAUUCUGUGUACAGGUCUUUUGGGAUGAGUAGGGAUUCUCCAUCUGGCAUGUACAAACAGUCCUCUGAUAGUAUGGAAUUACCUUCCUCCUUAAUGGACUCUCCUCAGGAGAAGUUCUACCCUGACACUUCCUUCCAGGAGGACGAGGAUUACCGUGACUUCGAUUAUUCCGGCCCUCCGCCCUCCGCCUUGGACAACCUGGAGAAGCAACCAGGAAAAUCAAUCCUGAAAUCGGGUAAACUUGCCGAUUCCGCGGAGUACCAGCCAGUUCUGCCUGGGUAUGGUCAAAGAACCUCUGGAUUCGGCAUCAAACCCUGUUUCCCUCAGUCUGUCAGUUCUCUUCAUGACCAGAGCGAAAGCCGCGAUCCGUUGUCCUCUCCUGGAAUGUACGGGAGUUAUAAUUUACGCGGGAACGACUCCGGUUCAGAUGCAUCCCCUACACCAAGUAAGAACGAUGCCUUUUUCAGCCCGGAUUCCAAUCACAACAGCUUGUCCAACCCGAUGCCGCACUCCGGCCUGUCGCAGAAACAGUAUCCGGAUUCUCCUCAUCUGGUUCCGCACCGGUCGUCGCUCUUCUCCCCCCAGAACGCCCUCUUGACCCCGGCUAGCCGACCCCCUACCUCCAGCGCAGAUAAACCCGUAGUGUCUUCCAUCUCAGCCACUUCAACCAUCGAGUUUAAGAACAUGCUCAAAAAUGCCUCCCGGAAGCCCUCCGACGACAGCAAGCAUUUUAGCCAGGUCCCGAAGGGGGGUUCUGGCGAUGGCUCCAGCCUCAGCCAGGCGGGUGUUUCUGCCGGGGAGGAGCAGCAGCAGCAAGAGGAGCAUUACCGGAUCGAGACCAGGGUCUCUUCCUCGUGUCUAGAUUUGCCCGAUAGCACCGAAGAGAAAGGGGCCCCUAUAGAAACCUUAGGUUACCAUAACCCCUCUAACAGGGGGCUGCCCGGGGAACCCAUUCAGACCGUCGAGUCCAUCAGAGUUCUCGGGAAAGGGAGCAGAGGACACGGUCGUGAAGCCGGCAGGGCAGGCUGGUUCGAGAUGAGCGGCACGGGGAGCUCCUUCGAUAACGGGCCUUCGAGCGCCACGGAGAUGCCCGCCAUGGGCGCCGCCGCUGGCGGCGUGUCCAGCUUCCAGACCCCGUACAAAGACCGUGGGCCGCCGUUUCAGGAGAACGUCAACAGCUUCAGAACAAACAGCUUCAGCGCAUCCUUCGACCGUCACGGGCCGCCGCCGCUCCGGCCGCCUCCCAUGGAGCACGGGACUUCCUUCCCAAGGGACCAAAUGGGGCCGCCUCCCACGGGGCCUCAGUCUCUCCCGCCACCAAAGGAUCUCAGCAGCCUUUUUCCUAGGGACCACUCGGUCCCCCCUCCGCGCAUGCCGUCAGUGGAUCACGCCAGCCCUUUCUCGAAGGAGCCGCCGUCCCCGCUGUCCUUGCCUCACGGCGUCCCUCCUCCCCCGCCUCCUUCCUUAGAGCGUGGGGGAGUCCCGUUUCCCAACCAGCCGCCCCCUCCCCUCCCCAUGGAGCACCCCAGCGUCCCUUUCUCCACCCCUCCGCCCCCUCCCGGGGACCUCGGCCUCCCGUUUCCUGCUCCCCCCCUCGCCACGGAACACGGGGUCCCGUUUGCUAAGGAUCUGGGUGCCGUUCAUCAAGGGACAAUGAAAGAGCAUUUUAACCUCCAGUCCGGAGCACCCCGGGACCAAGGCGCCCCGCCUCAGCGAGACCACAGCGGUCAGUCCCUUGGUCGAGCUCGGGAGAACAUAGUGGGCCUGUCCGCCCUGGCAAGAGAUCCUCUGAGGCUGACCCUUAAUGUCGGAUCCUCUCUCCUGUCUCACCGGGACAACACAAACCGAGGGGGGCUGGGUGUUAGGAACCAGCGGCCAGACUUUAGGCCCAGGGAGCCGUUCUUAAAUAGAGACCCCUUUAACAGCUUAAAACGGCCUCGGCCCCCGUUUGGCAGGGGCCCUCCAUUCUUUGCACCGAAACGCCCCUUCUUCCCUCCCAGGUACUGAAUUGAAGGCGUUCCGGAACUUUCUUAGAGGGCAGUGGAAGUAGCGCUUUCACUUUUCAUUUCAAUCUUUCCUCCCCCUAAAGGGCCCCACAACCUUUUUUUUUGGUUCUGAAUUAAGGUAUGUUCUGUGCUACAACACAC